AAGGCCACCCAUCAAUUUUUCCUCUAUCACAAGGUUUUAAUCAGAACCCUCCCUCCUCUUCUCCACUAUACACACCAAAUAUAUACACUUAUACAGCACUUUUUUUCAAAAUAAUAUCUAUAUGUCAUCAAUUGGCGCGUAUUAAAUUUCAAUUAGGGUUAGGGUUUAUUCAUCAAAAUUCCCCCCAAAAAAAUGGCAAACAAAAUCCCCGACGAACUAAUCUCAACCGUCCGAUCAAUCGUGGGCCAAGAUUACUCCAAAAUGGAUGUACUCAGAGCCCUUCAUAUGGCCAAGAAUGAUCCAACUGCUGCAAUUAACAUAAUUUUUGACACCCCAACUUUCAAAAAAUCACAACCCCCAAAACCCUUAAAGGGUCUGAAUCAUAAUCCAGCUGUCGAUAAACCCCGUGAUUCGGUUCCGGUUCCGGUCCGGGUUUCUGAACCGGUAGAUAGUGUAGUUAGUAGUAGUGUAAAGGUCAAUGAGCCAAGUGUUGGUAGGACAGUUGAGUGUAAUGUGGAGAAAGGAAACGAUGUCGUUAGGAGUAGUAAGUGGUGGUUUGUGGGUUGUUCUGAAAUGAUGGCGUCAUCGACUUGUAAAGGUGAUAAGAUUAAGGAGGGUGAUCGGGUUGAUUUUACAUUUCCUUUGAAUAAAUCGAAGGUAGCUAGUGUCGGUGGUCGUGGUAAGCCUUUGAAUUCGUGUUCGGAGAUUGUGAGGUUUUCUACAUUAGCUUCUGGGGAGAUCGGUCGGAUCCCAAACGAAUGGUCACGAUGUCUUUUGCCUCUUGUUAGAGAUAAGAAGGUCGAGAUAGAAGGUUUUUGCAAAUCUACUCCUGGUAAUCUGGGACUUAUGGAUACCAUUAAGCUUUCUGUCAGUGUUUACAUAAAUAGUUCCAUAUUACACAAGAGCCAUCAGACCUCUCUCAAGGUGCCAACUAGUUCCAAUGAUGAAACCUCCAUCCACACCCUCCCAACCUUGUUCCGGUUACUUGGAUUAGUUCCUUUCAAAAAGGCAGAAUUUUCACCUAGUGACUUAAAUACAAAGAAGCGACCUUUGGAUGUAAAGGAUGGUUCUGGUGUUUCUGCUCGGUUAAUCAAUGCUGGCAAAAAUAAAAACUCACCUUCAAAUGGAAGUACAGCUGAAAAUGAGGAGACAAUCUCAGAUAAUGAUCUUGACAAUAUUGUUGGUGUUGCAAAUGGUUCUGAGUUAGAGGAAAUGGAACCUCCAAGUGCUCUUUUAUGUGAUCUUCGCCCUUAUCAGAAGCAGGCACUUCAUUGGAUGGUUCAUUUGGAGAAGAGACUAUCCACUGAUGAAGCUGCCACAACUCUUCAUCCGUGCUGGGAUGCUUAUCACCUUGCAGACAAGAGAAAUUUCGUAGUCUAUGUGAACUCAUUUUCAGGAGAAGCUACUGUAGAUUUUCCCAGUACUCUACAAAUGGCAAGAGGAGGAAUAUUGGCAGAUGCUAUGGGGCUUGGAAAGACUAUCAUGACGAUAUCACUGCUCCUUGCUCACACAGAAAAAGGUGGAGCAUUAGAUAAAGACUCCGCCAGUCAGGCAUGCACUGAAGGUGAUGAAAUGCUAAAUGGCUUGGAUCAGUCUCCAUCAUCUUUAAAAAAAGUACCCAAAUUUUCUGGAUUUGAUAAGUUUAGAAAGCAGAAACAGUCCCUCAUUGGUGGCGGGAAUCUGAUCAUAUGUCCUAUGACUCUUAUAGGCCAAUGGAAGGCAGAGAUUGAAACUCAUGGGGAGCCAGGGGCUUUGUCUAUUUAUGUCCACUAUGGGCAAAGUCGCCCAAAAGAUGCCAAAAUAUUAGCUCAUAACGAUGUUGUGCUUACCACCUAUGGAGUUGUAGCCUCUGAAUUUUCUUCUGAGAAUGCUGAAGAACGUGGUGGGCUUUUUUCUGUGAGAUGGUUUAGGGUGGUGCUUGAUGAGGCACAUACCAUAAAAUCUUCUAAAAGCCAGAUUUCUAUGGCUGUAGCUACCCUUGUUGCUGAUCGUCGAUGGUGUCUUACUGGUACCCCUAUCCAAAACAGUUUGGAGGACAUUUAUAGUCUUCUUCGGUUCUUAAGAAUUGAACCAUGGGGAAGCUGGGCAUGGUGGAACAAGCUAAUUCAGAAACCUUUCGAGGCUGGUGAUGUGAGGGGAUUAAGCUUGGUUCAAAACAUAUUAAGGCCAAUUAUGCUAAGAAGAACCAAGUUCAGCACAGACAAGGAAGGCAGGCCUAUAUUAGUUCUCCCCCCUGCUGAGAUGCAAGUAAUAUAUUGCGAACAAACAGAGGCCGAAAAAGAUUUUUAUGAUGCUCUUUUUAAGAGAUCUAAGGUAAAAUUUGACCAAUUUAUCGAGCAAGGACGGGUUCUUCAUAACUAUGCUUCUAUUUUAGAGUUACUUUUGCGACUUCGGCAAUGCUGUGAUCACCCUUUUCUUGUGAUGAGUCGAGGUGAUACGCAAGAUUUUUCAGAUUUAGGUAAAUUGGCGAAACGUUUUCUUAAGGGUGGUAAAGACGCCAUUGAAGAAGGAAAAGAAGCACCUUCUAAAGCUUAUAUACAGGAGGUUGUAAAAGAGUUGCAAAAGGGGGAAGAAGGAGAAUGUCCUAUAUGCCUAGAAGCUUUUGAAGAUGCAGUUUUGACACCAUGUGCUCAUCGAUUAUGCCGUGAAUGUCUAUUAUCAAGUUGGAGAACCCCCAAUUCGGGUCUUUGUCCUGUUUGUAGAAAUGCGGUAAGCAAGCAGGAACUUAUUACAGCACCAACUGACAGUCGGUUUCGUGUGGAUGUUGAGAAAAACUGGGUGGAAUCAUCAAAAGUGUCUGCAUUGUUACGUGAAUUAGAAAGUCUUCGCCCAUCGGGUUCUAAAAGUAUUGUUUUUAGUCAGUGGACUGCCUUUUUGGAUCUUUUACAGAUUCCUCUUUCUAGAAACAAUAUUUCAUUUGUUCGUCUGGAUGGCACUUUAAACCAGCAGCAGCGCGAGAAAGUUAUAACACAAUUUUCAGAAGAAAGCGAUAUUAUGGUUUUAUUGAUGUCAUUGAAGGCCGGAGGAGUUGGAAUUAACCUGACAGCAGCAUCUAAUGCAUUUGUCUUGGAUCCUUGGUGGAAUCCUGCUGUCGAGGAACAAGCGGUCAUGCGCAUCCAUAGGAUUGGACAAACUAAAAGUGUUCAUAUUAAACGCUUUAUUGUGAAGGGUACAGUCGAGGAAAGAAUGGAGGCAGUACAAGCACGUAAACAACGGCUGAUCUCUGGCGCCUUAACCGACCAGGAGGUCCGAACUGCAAGAAUUGAGGAGCUUAAGAUGCUAUUCACUUGAUACCUAUGACCUGAAGGUCCAAUUUGUUUCCAUGUUACACCCGUGAAGAGUCAUAUCUACCAGAUGCAGGGUACUUGUGUUUGAUUUAGUCAACUCCUUUUAAUCCCAGUUUUUGAGCAUUAGUCAACAUAUUGUUGUACUUGUACCUGGAGUCUAGCAAGUGUAAAAACUUUACAAGGAUGGAAUGCUUCCUACUACAAACAAGAGCGAGUCAUCAUACAAAGUGAUCUAAUUUAAUUUAGUUUUAAGGAGUUUAGCUCUAUGAUUUCUAAACUGAUAAUUUCUUUUGUGUGUAACAUAGUUGUAAAACAUAUUGUAUAUUAGUUUAAUGUAAUUUUGAAAAAAAUUUGACGCUGUGAUACAA